AUGAGACGGCAACUCCGCUCCAGAAGGGCUCCCGCCUUUCCUUACGGUUAUCGCUACAGACUUGAUGAUCAGGAUGAAGCGAAUCACAACUACUUAGCAGAUGAAGAGGAGGAAGCUGAAGAGGAGGCUCAGGUGAUGAUGGUGCCUGGUCUGGAGGAAGAGGAAGAAGAGGAGGAAGGAAAAGAGGAGGAGGAAGAAAGGGAGGAAGAAGAAGGUCAGGGUCAGUCAACAGGCAGUGCCUGGUGGCGGAAAUUGCAGAUCGUGAAUGAAUACCUGUGGGACCCGGAGAAAAGGAUGUCUCUGGCCCGAACAGGUCAGAGUCGGAGUCUUAUUUUAGUCAUUUACUUCUUCUUCUAUGCCUCCCUGGCUGCUGUGAUCACCCUGUUCAUAUACAUGCUGUUCCUAGCCAUCAGUCCUUACAUGCCGACCUUCACCGAGCAGGUGAAACCUCCUGGAGUUAUGAUCAGACCCUUCGCUCAUAGCCUUAACUUCAACUUCAACGUUUCUGAACCUGAAACUUGGCAGCGUUACGUGAUUAGCCUAAAUGGCUUUCUCCAGGGCUAUAAUGACAGUCUUCAAGAGGAAAUGAAUAUAGAUUGUCCUCCGGGUCGGUACUUCAUCCAAGAUGGAGAUGAAGAUGAGGACAAGAAGGCCUGCCAAUUUAAGCGCUCCUUCCUGAAGAAUUGCUCUGGGUUGGAGGAUCCCACUUUUGGAUACUCUACUGGACAGCCUUGCAUCCUCCUCAAGAUGAACCGGAAAGGUGAUGAAAAUGACAUUCGAUCCAUCAAUUACUACCCGGAGUCUGCUUCUUUUGACCUCCGCUACUACCCUUACUAUGGCAAACUGACUCAUGUUAACUACACCUCCCCGCUGGUGGCUAUGCAUUUUACAGAUGUGGUGAAGAACCAAGCAGUGCCUGUACAGUGCCAGCUGAAGGGCAAAGGCAUUGUAAAUGAUGUCAUCAAUGAUCGUUUUGUUGGGAGGAUAAUCUUUACCCUGAACAUAGAAACCUAG